GAGUUUGAGUCUCCUUCACGCCAAAUGACUCGUCCUUAUUCUUAAUAAGACCCCUCUGUUCCUUCAAUGCCAUUGCUAUAAAGAAACCACACUUUCCCCCUCUAAUGCCCACACCCCUAUUCUCCCCUUUUCCUCUCUUCUUUUCUUUUAUAUACUUCUUUCAUCAAUCAUCUCGCCUUUUCUUUCUUCUUCUUCUUCUUCUUCUUCUUCUUUGUUUUUCGUGUGCUGAGAGCUAUCAGAAUUAAAGCUUCUGCAUGGGUUUGGGGCUGGUUCUUGGAGCUGAAAUUAUGUUUCCAUUCUUGGGUUGAGACUUUCAAGCUCAGUUUUGGGGCUACAAGGAACAGACAUCACAGUUUUCUCUUUCUUCUUCUUCUUCUUGUUCUUCAACCGUGAAGUGCUUUUCAUAAGAUGGAGAAGCUCAAUUUUGUCAAGAAUGGUGUGCUUAGACUGCCUCCUGGAUUUAGAUUCCACCCAACAGAUGAGGAGCUUGUUGUUCAGUACUUGAAGAGAAAGGUUUAUGCUUGCCCCCUUCCUGCUUCUAUAAUCCCUGAAGUUGAUGUCUGCAAGUCUGAUCCUUGGGAUUUGCCAGGUGAUUUGGAGCAAGAGAGGUACUUUUUCAGCACCAGGGAAGCCAAGUAUCCCAAUGGUAACCGAUCCAACAGAGCCACAAGUUCUGGUUACUGGAAGGCAACUGGUAUUGACAAGGAAAUUGCAACUUCUAAGGGUAACCAGCUUGUGGGGAUGAAGAAAACUCUAGUUUUCUACAGGGGAAAACCCCCCCACGGCACUAGGACUGAUUGGAUCAUGCACGAAUACCGCCUUGUUAGCACUGAAGCUACUGCAUGCAAUUCCCCACAAAAGAAGAACUCAAUCCAGAGCCCUUUGGUGCCAAUGGAAAAUUGGGUUCUUUGCCGUAUAUUUUUUAAGAAGAGAAGCACCAAAAAUGAGGAGGAAAACCUUCAAUUUGGCAAUCAAAAUAGGGUGCGCAAGCUGAGGAACACAAAGCCUGUGUUCUAUGAUUUCCUGAAAAAAGACGUGACUGAUUUGAAUCUGGCUCCUUCAUCCUCAUCCUCAGGGUCGAGUGGAAUCACAGAAGUGUCAUCAAAUGAAUCAGAUGAUCACGAAGAAAGUAGUAGUUGCAACAAUUUUCCUUAUUUCCGAAGAAAACCAUAACUAGAAUUCCACAGUCCUCUUUAGUUUUUAGCCUUUAGUCCCCCUUCAAGUUCCUGUAUCAGUAAAUUUGGUUUCUGGUUUCCAAAUCAGAAUAACUCAUCUAAGCAAUCUAAUGCUUUGUCAUUAGGUUUCGCGUCUCUUGUCUGUGAUUAUGGCCAAACAGAAAGAGAUAUAUAAAAAGCAAGAUAAAAAAAGAUAAAAAAAAAAGAUAAAAACGGCUUUAACUGUAAUCAAUGGAUAUCUGGUGAUGGAUGGUUAUCUUGUAAUCAAUCCCAGAAUUUCAAAGUUAGUGAUAUUACUCCCUUUUUGCA